AUGGAAAAGUCCCAAGAUACCGAAACCCACCCCGUCCAAGGCACCACCAGCCACCAUGACAAGGUGCCUGUCAGCCAGGAGCAGGAGCUCACGCUGGCCGAGGUUUUCAAGCAUCACAAAAUCAUCGUUUGGUGGUGCUUCUACUGGGCCAUGUGUGCCGUUGGAUGGGGCUUCGAUGCACAGAUCAACGGCGCCAUGAUCGCCGUCGACUCGUUCCGCCGCGACUUUGGCUACCUCAGCCCCAAAGGCGAGGCCAUCCUGCCUGCCGAAUGGCAAGCCGCCUUCAACAUCAUCGCCUCGGUCGGUCAAAUCUUUGGCGGCUUCCUCUGCAGUUGGGCCGCCGACCGCAUCGGCCGCCGCUGCUCCCUCGUCUGCGGCCUGAUCAUCUGCACCGGUGGGAUCGCCGGCGAGGUUGCUUCCCACACGCGCCCCGCCUUCCUGGCCUCCAAGCUCGUCCUGGGCCUCGGCCUCGGCUUCUACCUGACGCUGGCCCCCCUGGCGUGCAGCGAGAUUGCUCCCGUCGCGUUGAGAGGGUUUGCCACGGCCGGCGUCAACCUCGGCAUCGCCGUCGGCCAGCUGCUCUCGAACGCCGUGGUCAAGGUUUUUGGGGAGAGGACCGACGCAUGGGCGUACAAGGGAGGAUUUGCCACGCAGCUCUUCUUUGUUCUGUUCCUCCUCGUCUUUCUCCCCUUCCUGCCCGAGUCGCCGUGGUAUCUUGUCCGUGCUGGCAAGAGCGGACAGGCCACCGAGACCAUCAGGAAACUUUACGGAAGAGAUUACGACGCCGAGAGGCAAAUACUCGCUAUGGAGGCUACCAUCAUCGCCGAGGAGACUGCCACGGCCAGCGAACAAAGACUGAUCGACUGCUUCCGCGGCACCGACCGCCUGCGCACCGGCAUCUCCACCGGCGUGUUCCUCUGCCAACACCUCGUCGGCAUCAUCUUCGUCCUGGGAUACUCGACCUACUUCUUCAGUUUGGUGGGCGUCCAAAAGUCCUUCGACCUGGGCGUCGGCGUCACAGCCUGUGGCGUCCUGGGCAACAUCAGCUCCUGGUUCGUCGUCGAGCGCUUCGGCCGCCGCGUCAUCUUCGUCGGCGGCAUGGCCAGCCUCACCGGCCUGCUCUUCCUCAUCGGGAUCAUGGACGUGGUGCCGACCGCCGCGGCGGGCUGGGUCAUGGCCUCCUCGACGGUCGUCUACGCGUUCGUGUACUUUAUGACCAUUGGCGCCAUGGCCUUUGCCGUCCUGGGCGAGGCCUCCAGCACCAGCCUCCGCGCCAAGACCAUCUCGCUGGCGACCGCCACCCAGGCCGUCUGUGGCAUCGUGUUCAAUUUUGCCAUCCCCUACAUGGUCAACCCGGACCAGGCCAACAUGAAGGGCAAGGUGGGUUUCGUGUUUGGUGGUCUGGCCCUGGUGGGCACGGUUGGAAGCUGGGUGUGGGUUCCAGAGCUCAAGGGCAAGACUUUUGACGAGAUUGAUAGGUUGUUUGCCGCCAAGGUGCCGCCUAGGAAGAUGGGCAAAUCAUUGUAG